AUGGCACUUUUGAGUCGACAGCGAUCGCUCGACGGACGUACCAGCCGUUCAUCAACCACAUCCGUACAAUAUAAAGCACUGGGACCUCAAGCUUCUCAGGGCUCCACCGAGAUACUGAACGCCGCCGCUCCCGGAGUGCUUUCUAUGCUCAAGACAUCGACCGAUGUUGGAGAUGUUGGCGAGUUCUCUCACAAUACAGGCCGCCUCCCAGCCGCUCUUCGUCCUCCCCAUCAACGAAGGAACCACCCUUCCCGCUUAUCCAACUCGUCGAAUCAAUCUGCAUACACCUACCACACUAAUCACAGUCGUGUUCCUUCUCAUGGCUCCAGGAAGGCUUCCAACGCCCACAACCCUCAGGGAUGGGAUGCCAUCUCAGCCAUGUCCGGCGGCACAGGAAACGGCACGGGUGGAAGACACGGCUCCAUGGUCAGCCUUCAGACGCUCGCAACUAUGCCACCAUACGAGCACAGAGCGCCUUCGAUGACUCGAGGUCCCCCCAUAUCAUCACCGUAUGGUCCUCCGUAUAUUCAGGAUGGACGCUCGUAUUCUCUGACCCAGUCCCAACAUGCGCCCUCUCUCAAACCAGCCAAGUCUGUGACAAGUCUGAGGAGCCAGAGGGGUCCGCAAUUCCAACCUCCACGUCCUCCGUUCGCUUAUCCUCCAAGACACAAGCGCACUGGUUUCCGAACUCCUUCCCCAGCCCUGAGCGACUAUACUGGCGGUACAUAUCAAGCCUCUUACAACCAGUCUCAUCCCUUCGAGCAUGAUUCGAAACUCUUGAACGACCAUCCUCCGACUUACUUUGCUCCAACUGAUCCCGCGUACUAUUCUCAUCUCGCGCAACCUCAGGAGUCGUACCAAGGUCCAGCAUCGGGUCGAAGCUACGGACCAGCGCCUGGCAGAGGCAUGCAUCGACCUAACUUGCCAACGUACAACGGCGAUCAUCCCUAUGUAGUACCUCCUGGACCGAGAUACACGAACCAACAGCCACCGAUGAUGCCUCCUUCCACACAACACAACUAUCAGGAGCCCAACUACUACGGUCAGUACGGUCCUGUGAUCCACGCUUUACCCUCGCUGGGGUAUGGAUCAGCAGCAAGAGUAGGUACUCCAAGAAUGGACACUACACCAUCUUUCUCGAGACAAGAGUCGUCAUCGCCACUCUCCUUGAACCCGCCCACACCAAGAGACGCAACUGCACCCCAGGCCACGAUCGAUCCAACUCUUGGUCAACCCACAUUGAGUGAGCUUCCCGAGGAACACUCAGAAUACAAGAGCGUUCAGAGCUAUCUCAGGUAUACGGAGCAAUCUACUAUGUAUGAGCUUGAUGCUUCUCAACCUGCUGCCAUCGAACUCGAAGCGAAUACACCUACUGCAAGACGUACUGGACUGGUGCAGCGCAUCAGAAAUCUGCUUGAAGACCGUGCUGCAAGUCAAGAACAUCUUCCGUCCGGCCAAGGUCAGUCUCAGCAGGACGUCUCGAAGCUCGUUGUUCCGCAGCCAUUCCAGAAUUUGAAACAAGAGCCUGCCGAGCUGUCUGCCAGCAAACGAUCAUCCAUGCACGAGCCUGUCGAGCUUGACGUCCCUGCCAGGAUCACUAGACAGCUGAUUCAAGCUAACACGGCACCUUCUUCUUCAGAGCAGAACACAACGACAUCGCUUGUUCCUGAAGAGACGGUUAAAGCGAAGAAAGAGCAGGGAGUGGAAGAAAGGCUUCUCGGGUCUUCAAGAGGCAACUCGGAGAAGACGACCAGUAGUGAUAGACCCGGCCAUGGACUGUUCCUCAACUACUCAGACAACCAAAUAUCUGGCUCUCCAUCAGAACCCAAUAACGCCGGAUCAGGUGUGCAGAUCGUGCUUUCGGAGCCACUUUCUUCGUCCAAUACCACUGACCAGCUUGCAACAAAAGACGGUGACAGGACGAGGCAGUCCGAUGGAGACUUCCAGAGUGGUGGUGUCAGUCCUCUACGUGCCGAUGAAAGGGUAGCCAGAGAUUCAGUCGUCAGUCCAAUGGCCACUCAGACCCUGCAAAUUACCACCAUCCAAGAGCAGCCGAAUAUCCUGGGCCCUCAAUCGAGGAGCAGAGAAGCUCCACUGUCUGAUCGUUUAUCGAGACAAACUUUCGACACGAGCGAGAUGACUUCGGGCAUAUCUUUGCCAACAGGACCUUGUCAGACUCUGGAUGCCAGCCCAUCGUCGAACCAUAUCACAGACGUCGCUAUCAAGUUUUCUAUACCACGCUCCUCCGAUCACGGCAAAGCUCAGUUGGUCAACCUUAGCAAUCUGUCUGAUACUCCUGUUCGAACAUCGAUGGAACUCAAGAAGACUCGCUCUGCUAAGGACAACAGCUUGCAGAGCGCUUCGCUGUCAAGUGUCGAGAAGGUAGCUCCACUUCGUAUCAGAAGGAUGGAAAGCUUCCUACCUGUGGCCACGGGUCCUGAGGGAACAGAUCUUUCUUCGUUCAUUCGUCGCUCUUUUCCUCGCAAGCGAUCGAUGUGGACCACCACGCAACCUGAUCCCAACAGAUCGUCUACCGACUCCACGACUGAUCUCGGAACAGCAAUGUUCAAGGUGCGCCCUGGCUAUUUACCCGAUCUCAAUGAAGACUCCAAAGAGGACAUAAGCACCAGAAACACAAAGUCUUCGUACACCGGCUUGAGACUGUCCAAUACGCCGUCAUUGCGACUCAAACCUUCCCGAGAUGCUAUACGACGAUCAGAGGAUAUACCUCAACAAAGCUACCUGUCACCUCGUCCCCCAAGAAUGUCUCUUUCAGAGCUGAGAGAGAUUCCUUCCCUCAACUUCAGCCGGAUGGAUCUUUUUGACAAGCUGAACGAAGAACUUGAAACGCACAUAUCUCGUUCGUCCAAGUCUUUGGCUGGAGUCAAAGGCGAGAGAAGAUCAGGACCGCGCCGCUCAUUACUUCUGCAUCCAGCGUCAACUGACCAGAUACGCGAGAGAUACACCAGUUCCUUCAGUGACCCUGAAGACUCUGAGCUGCUCGAAGACUCCAUCACCGGAGCUCUUGAUACGCAGAGUCCAUUGCAGAUAUUGCCUGAGAAGAAGCAGAAUGAGGCAGACAUUGUGUCCACCAAGUCUUUCGCCCCUUCUGUCAGACCAAUCUCGACACAGCAGAUGUUGGGCAUGGCUUCGGAGGUCAACCGUCUUCCUGUGCCUUCCGUAACCGCUCUGUCAGAACGACUAUCAACACUACUGCCUACCAUCAAGCAUCUGCAUAUCGACUGUGCUCCUGUAGACCAGACUGCAGUGAACGACGCAAUCGAUAGAAUCCAUCACCUUGGCCAAUCCGAAGGUGAAGCUGGUCAACUCUUGAGAUCCUCAACAGGCCUCCAUCAGCUAGCUGCUAUCGCAGACAACAUCGCGACGAAUGGUACUCACGACUCUGCUUUUCUUGAAGUUCAGAAGAGCGGACGCUUGAUGAAAGAGCUACCACCAUUACCGGAGGAUACUGAGAAGUAUUCAUUGAGCGACUCCGGACUUGACCGCAACACUACACUCAUCACUGAGGGGCUAACAAGCAAUUCAGAGCUUGAACCUCCAAAGCCUGCUCUACUUCGUGGAAAAUCACUCAGCGUGAUCAAGAGUAAAGAAGAGGACUUCAAUCCUGGGGUCGCCUCCAGACAUUCUCUCGUGAUAUCAGGACAAAACUUGCGACCUUGGAACCAUGACGAGAACUACCCUUGGUGCGGCAACAGUCCUGGCAUCAAGAUUGACUUCCAUACACCAGUGCUCCGUCGCCACUCGUCUCCUCCCAAGCUCGUUCACACGAAGAGCAGAGAUUCCGUCAAGACUAAGAACGGAUCUGAAGAAACUCUCGAUCCGAACAGUACUCUUCCAUCGUCACCCAUGGUCUCGCACAGCGAUACUAUCACCCCCACUGUCUUGACUCUCCACGAUCGGAAGUCGUCAAAGAAAUCACUGAUCGGAUCCUUGUCUCGCCGUAUUGGAUUGAGCACGCGUGCACAGUCUGGCAUCAUCUGUCGGGAAGGAGCCCUUGCCGGAAGAGCCAGCCCUGGCGACAGGUACCCAUCCACAAGCUUGCAGUCGCCACACGGGAACAUAGAAGACGUACGGUCUUUCUUCUCAGAUUCUACAGAGGAAGAGCAUGAUGGUGAGCAACGCAGUUCCUUCCGCAAGCAAAUCACAUCUUUCCGAGACAAGUCGUCGAAAGUGCCAACCGGACAUGUCUCUACGGCCUACUCACAGUCGCUGGACACCCAUCGAGGCCGGUCCCUAGACCAGUACGGUCGACCUUCGAAUGCUCGUACUAACGGCUCACUCUUUGAUGACCGCUUCACCGAACCUGUCGCGCCUCAGAACUACGAUGGCAUGGCCGGUAUGGGCCGAGUCGAGUUUCGUGUGAAGCGUGUUGCCGAACGCUUGAGACACAUCUGGUUGAAAGGUGGCGAGAUAAUUCGUUCUCUCAGCCAGCGCAGCCGUCACACAGAGAGACAGCACAGGGAGAGAGACACUGAGUCGGACAAUUGGCUUGCGGACAGCCUCUAUUCCCGUGAUUGA